UCAUUUCAAACCAAAAAAAAAAAAAACCAACAACCUCAAAAAGCUGGCUCCUUUUAUUAUAAUAUAACUUCGUUUCCUCUCACAAACCAUUAGAGCAACUGAGCGAGACCUCACCAAACCCCUCUCAAACCCUGUUCUCAUCUCUUCUUUCUCUACCUUUCAGCCAUGGCUACGAUUUCCAAGCUUUCAAACCCAUCUCCUGCUGCCUCUUUGUCAUCUUCCUUCAAGCCCAGAUCUUUCCAACCCAGCUAUUUGAUCGCUUUCAGGCGACCCCUCACCAACUUCGACGCCACCCUUUCUUCUAAGCUCUCUCUUUCGACCAAUUCCCCACUCAACGCUUCCUUUGUCAUCAGAUGUUCUCAAUCCGAUGGUAAUGGAACUCCAACAAAGAAAACAGUUCUCCAUGAUCUGUAUCUAAAGGGAGGACAGAGUCCCUGGUACGAUAACCUCUGCCGACCAGUCACCGAUCUGCUUCCUCUUAUUGAAAUGGGUGUCAGGGGUGUCACUAGCAACCCAGCGAUUUUCCAGAAAGCAAUUUCAUCUUCUAACGCCUACAAUGACCAAUUCAGGGAGCUUGUACAAGCUGGGAAAGAUAUCGAAGCUGCAUAUUGGGAGCUUGUGGUGAAGGACAUUCAAGAUGCCUGCAAACUUUUUGAGCCAAUUUAUGACGAAACAGAUGGAGCUGAUGGCUAUGUUUCUGUUGAAGUUUCACCAAGGCUCGCUGAUGACACUGAGGGGACCGUAGAGGCAGCAAAAUGGUUACAUAAAGUGGUUGACCGUCCCAAUGUCUACAUUAAAAUUCCUGCCACAGCUCCCUGCAUCCCUUCAAUUAAGAGUGUUAUUUCUAAUGGUAUUAGUGUCAAUGUGACUCUUAUAUUUUCCAUUGCUAGAUAUGAAGCAGUUAUCGAUGCUUAUUUGGAUGGGCUUGAGGCUUCUGGGCUAAAUGAUCUCUCAAGAGUAACCAGUGUUGCUUCGUUCUUUGUUAGUAGGGUUGACACUCUUAUUGACAAGUUGCUUGAGAAGAUUGGAACACCUGAGGCCCUUGAUCUUCGCGGAAAGGCUGCGGUAGCUCAAGCCGCCUUAGCUUACAAACUCUACCAGAAGAAAUUUUCUGGCCCAAGGUGGGAGGCUUUGGUAAAGAAGGGUGCUAAGAAGCAGAGAUUGCUUUGGGCCUCAACUAGUGUCAAGAACCCUGCAUACCCCGACACUUUGUAUGUUUCACCUCUCAUUGGUCCUGAUACGGUAUCAACCAUGCCUGAUCAGGCUCUUCAAGCUUUUAUUGAUCAUGGUGCCGUAUCAAGGACGAUUGACUCAAAUGUCUCUGAGGCCGAGGGUAUAUACAGUGCACUCGAGAAGCUUGGAAUUGAUUGGAGCUAUGUUGGUAAUCAACUUGAAGUUGAAGGAGUGGACUCUUUCAAGAAAAGUUUUGACAGUCUGCUUGAUACACUGCAAGAGAAGGCCAACUCUCUUAAACUGGUUAGCCUCUAAUUUGGGAGGGUUUGUGUACUGACAUUGUUUGUUGUUACUAUGAGAGCCCCUGUAAGGUGUGAACGUGAAGUUUUACUUGUUUGGUUUUAUUGAUCAUUAAUAAAAGCAGGUGGAUUUUGUUUUGUUGUAAA